AUGCUCGAGAACCACCACUACCAUCAGGACACACUCUAUCUGAUCCAGAAACUGGCUCUCAGGCCAGCCAGUAGCACGGUGCGGCUGAAGCUAAUGAUUUGGAUCAAGCAAACGUGCAAGAGGGAAAUGAGAGAAGUUUACAGCGGCAAGGCGACCAUGGACCGGUGCAAAUCUCACAAGCAGCAGUGGCAACAGGAAGGCGCGCUCAAAGAAGAAUACUCUGAAAAGAAAUACACAUCGCCUUCAUCUAGACCCAGUCCGCUACCUUCAGUAAUGUCGACAUAUCCUUCUCCUCAAGAAUGGUUACAGCGCCUAUCACUUCAAGGUGACCAUGCAACUACGCCCUUCGAUUAUCCGCGUGCUACAAGGAUACUGGGUCUUGGGCAAGGAGCAUCACCUAUCUUUGCAUCAUCAGCCACCUUGCAGGUGCCGGACUCUUCAAAUACGCACGGCUCUGCUCUAUGUUCUUCUUCCGAGACCCUGACCAAUCAAUCAUCACAGGAACGCCCGCCAAAUCAUUCGCAUUUAGAUCCAUCACAACCCCGUCCAUCUUCUGGCGGGGAGGACGACGAACCCAGUCGUCCCACAGUCGUUCUGGAGGAAUAUCCUCCCGCUGUUCGAGUGAUCCAGCCCCGAUUAAGCGUAUCCCAAAUUGCUAUAUCCAACUUUCAGGAGCUACUUUCAGAUAACGACCCCGGUCCACCCUACCCAGGCGACGGUGACCAUCUUCCCACGCCGCCACCUUUCGUAGAUGAUUCUGGCGAUCUAGACAUAGAACUCGUUCCCCGCAUCGUCAUGAAUCCUAGCAUGCCCACGCGUUCAAGGAUGCCUGCCGAACAUCUUCUGCAAUCCCAUAAUUCGAAUGAGCCAGGAGGAGCAGGGGCGGGAGAGGAGAAUGCACAGCCGCAAACGAUGCAGACCAAUAAUCAAGGACAGGAUCCCGGUAGAUCAUCUACGCUACGCGACUUGUGUGACUAUUCUCCAGAGUUGUGCAUGGACGUCUGCAACGACAUUGCUGAAUUGGCAGCUUCGUUGUGUGUUAUUCUGUGA